AUGUUUAUUGAAACAAUAUAUUUACUUCUAGCAUGGAUAGCUACUGGGAACAUGAGUAUUGCACGAGAAUAUCAUACAGCAUCUGUAUUAGCAAAUGGGAGAGUAUUGGUUUGUGGUGGAACGGAUGGUACUGCUUUUCUAAAUAGUGUCGACAUAUAUGAUCCAUCAACAGGAGUUUGGACAAGCAAUGCCUGGAUGAACAUGUACACUAGAAGAGGGUAUCAUACAGCGUCCGUAUUAACAAAUGGGAAAGUGCUAAUUAGUGGUGGAUUUGCUACUAGUAAUCCAGCACGUGCCGAGUUAUACGAUCCAUCAACUGAAGCGUGGACAACUACUGGCAGCAUGAGUACUGCACGAUCAGGUCAUACCACAUCCGUAUUAACAAAUGGAAAAGUGUUAGUUAGUGGUGGGUAUAUUAAUACUGUUUAUUUAAAUAGCGCCGAAUUAUUUAAUCCCUCAACGGGAACUUGGACAGCUACCGGUAGCAUGAAUGCUGCACGAAGAUAUCAUUCAGCGUCAGUAUUAACAAAUGGAAAAGUGUUAGUUAGUGGUGGAUUGAAUGAUGCCACUUAUCCUAAUGGGGCCGAGUUGUAUGAUCCAUCCACAGGAGCUUGGACAACUACUGGUAGCAUGAGGACUGUACGAGCAUAUCAUACAGCAGUCAUAUUAACAAAUGGGCAAGUGUUACUCAUUGGCGGGUCAAAUAAUAAUGGCUAUCUAAGUAGUGCCGAGUUGUUUAAUCCCUCAACAGGAACUUGGACAACUACUGGUAGCAUGAAUAGCACACGAGCAUAUCAUACAGCGUCUGUAUUAACAAAUGGGAAAGUGUUAGUUAGUGGUGGAUAUAAUAAUGCUUAUCUAAAUAGUGCUGAGGUAUAUGAUCCGUCAACAGGAGUUUGGACAGCUACUGGUAGUAUGAGCACUGUACGAGCAUAUCAUACAGCGUCCGUAUUAACAAAUGGGAAAGUGUUACUCAGUGGCGGGUCAAAUAAUAAUGGUUAUCUAAGUAGUGCCGAAUUGUAUGAUCCAACAACAGGAUGA